AUGAUCCCAUUAGAUCAUCGCCAGCCAGUCCUCUUCGACAGAUCAAGAGCUGAUGAGCCGUACAUUCCCCUCCCCUCCCACCACGACAAUAUCCGUCUCACACCGUGGCGCGUCGAAGAUGUGGACGCAGUCCUCCCCAUCUUGAACCACCCUGAUGUCUAUCCUCGCCUAGUUGGGCCGGCUUACCCAUACACGCGAGAGCAUGCCCAGCUGUGGUUCGAAGGCCAAUCCAAGCUAUUCGAGCCUGACCGAGGAUAUUUCACGGGGGACGAGGCCGCCCCCUUGCGUCAGGGCAAGUUUUUCGAUUACACACCCAUGUGUGUUAUCCGAGAAGUCCAACCGGAUGGAAGCCAGAUUUUCCUGGGAGUUGUCGAUUUAGUGAGGUCGUCAUUUGGGGGAGAGACGGACUCGGCGACGAAGGAACAACUGAUCAAAAAGAACCGAGGGAAGACGGCCGGAGAUCCCACUAUUGUCUACAUGGUCGGAGACUACCUUGCUGCUUCACACCAUGGGAAGGGAAUCAUGACAGCGGCUGUCCGAGAGCUCAUUCGCUCGUGGGGUGUUCCGUACAUGCGCAUUCGCUUGGUCCACGCCGCAGUGAUGGAGGGCAAUGUUGGUAGCCGACGAGUAUUUGAGAAGCUUGGAUUCAGUUUCUCUGGUUUCAUAGAAGGAUCUGUACCGACUCAAGGAAAGAGGGAUGAGGUAAUGGGCGAAUGGUUCUUUCAAUAUACCGCAGAGUAGGUGGUACCUCUCUGUCAGGAAGAACUGCUUGUCUGUCCACGACUCCAUCCCACUGAAUAUUUUAUAUCAUGAAUAGAAC